AUGUCGAUCCUCGAGUUCAUGGGCACAGGAUACACACCAGCCGGCAUGGAUCCCACAGAAUUCUUCGUGAAUGGAGAUGAACCAUAUGUACUUGCGUCAGACUAUACGAUACUCCCGCAACCGACACAGCCGCACCUUGUCGUCCCCCAACUUACAGGUACCAUAGAAGGUGCCGCUGACCUCCUGUCAAUUUCUCCCGGGGCUGUUGCGCCAGAAGUUUUGUCAUCAAACAGCGCGCCUGCGUACAAGCCACAAGACUCGCCUGCGAGCACAACGAGCGGUUCGACACGCAAGAGAGGCAGGCUGCCGUCGCCUCCUGACCAGGACCUGGAAGAGGAAGACUCUCAGACUGUCAUUAAGCGCCAACGAAACACCAUGGCCGCUAGAAAAUACCGGCAAAAGCGCCUCGAUCGUAUUUCGGAUCUGGAGCACUCGCUGAGCGACAUGACUGACCAAAGGGACGCGCUUAAACUGCAGCUGGCGCGAAAAGAAGCAGAAGUGGACGCACUGAGAGAGAUGCUUUCACGCAAAUAA